AUGACCUACCGGGUCCAGGAGUUGGAGCUCGAUAUGGACAAUAUUGGAGAUUCUUGGGAGACUGAGUGGAACUCCGUGCAUAUCGAUACGACAUAUCCAGCAGCGCAGGUCUCGGGCCCGUCGGACCCAACAGAUACAACUGAGAAAUGGCUGGAGCUGAUCUUGGCACCUGGCCGUUUCACAAGAGCUACCUUGGAGACGGCCCUUUCAAUCUACGAGAAGGGGCUGGGAGCCCCAAAAGACAGCGGAUCGAGGGGACAAAGGGGCUUGGCGGAGUCUAUCUGUUCCGUUCUCGCUUCUACAGCAUCUCUGGAUCGCAACUCAGCCGGUAGCAUGGACUAUGAGCAAUUCCGUGCGAGCAGCGAAAUCCAGUGGCGGAGAUUCUACAGACUGCUGAUCGAGCUAGACAAGCAGCGUGGCGAGGCGGUCUCUCUGAUUCUCGAUUCAGACACAGAUAUGACCUGGGUAGUUUGUGCCGAUGCUGUGUCUGCCAUCAGAGAAUGCAGCUCACUCGAACGAUUAUACUAUAACCUUUCGCGCCCAGACGAAGGAUCAGAGCGGACAGCGACUCUAAUUUCCACGGGAAUCAACUUUGUUGACACAAUUUCUGACAAUAUCCUGCAAGUCUGCAACGCGGCGCUGCGCCCUGAAAUUUUUGAGGAGACGCCGAGGACGAAUUACGAGCGGAUUCAGUACAUGUUCGACACCACCGCCAUGUGGCGAAGUGUAAGCGAGGAGGAUUGCGCGCAGGUCAUUGAAAGCCUGGGGCAAAACUACAGCGGUGUGACGAUGGAGCUGUACAACAGCCUCGCUGCCUUGAUCGCCGCCAGCGCAGAGUCAGGAAGCCGCAAGACCCGGCAGCCCCUCACUGAUUUUGGAAGAAAACUGAUUGUCAAGGCUGUUCAGGAAACAAUCGAGCUCCAGUGGAAGGUUGUCUUCAGUCAGAUCUUACUACUGGUUCACAUGGAAUUCGACUGGGAGCAAGAGGAGGACAUGCUAUCCAAGCGAUUCGAUAUUGGCAACGUGUUUCGCCAGUUGCUCGAGUCCCUCCGCAGGUUAGAGCUGCUUCGGUGGCUUUCCAAAACCGAGAUCACAGUUCCUAUUGGAAACAAGCACGAACGCAACGGCUCCUUCUCUGGCUCGCCAAGCGCCACCAAGCGAUCUGGCGAGGAGACCCAAACCAUCACCGCUUUGGAGGGCAAUGUAGGACACCUCCUGGGCUUCGUCGAUGGCAAGAACGAGCUUUUGGCCUCGAGCAUCACAGAUAUUGUCAACGAUUUGUGCGCAUCAAACAGCGACAUUGAGGUGUCACCUACCCUCAUUCAAUGCUCCUUGAUCAGGAGAGAACGGGCCGAUUUGGCCCUGGAGCUAAACCCCUUCUGCAGCCAAACGCCUUUCGCCAUUUAUAUCCAGGGCCGAGUCUCCCUUGCCCUCAAAGAUUUUGCAUCAGCCGCUAUUCAUUUCCGCAAGGCGGCCAUUGGAAUGAGUGUGAAGGAUAUUGAUGUCGACCGCCAUAGCAGUGGUCUCCUGGACGACACUGAAUGGAACCUGCUCAACAAGGGCCCUGCCCGUUAUUAUUGUCACACCGUGGCCCUGUUUGAGAAGGCCAAGGCGUACUCUUACGUUAUCGAGUUUGCCGGUCUGGCUAUUCAGUACUCUCACGCCAGCCCCGAAGCUGCAUUGGUGCGAAGCGAGAUGCUUAGUCGCCAGUUCAACGCAGCCACAGUGCUCUCGCGCUUCGAUGUUGCUCACGCUAGCCUACUUGCCAUGAAGGACAAGGCAAUGCAGCACUCGUCCCUGCGCAAGUUGGUGGACAAGAUGUGCGAAUCUUAUCACAACAAGGAACUAAUGUCGCUACCCUUCCCUGGGCUGUCAGACUCCAUCGAUGAGAUUUUGUCCCAGAGAUGCAAGUCGACGAUGGAUGUACUGAGCGGCAUCCCUUACCACCAAAUACUUUACUCCUGGAGGAUCAAGCACAACGACUAUCGUGGCGCGGCCACGGUCUUAUUGGAUCGCAUUCAGAAGCUGCAGUUCGCCGGCGAGGGUGACAAGUUCAUUGGGGAGGACAUCCUGGACACACCCGUAACGAAGCAGUACCUACUGCUCAUCAACGCCUUGAGCUGCGUUGACCCGAAGCAAGCCUGGAUCUUCUCAGAGGAAUUGCCGCCUCCCAACUCGAGGGACGGCAACUUCCAAGGCAAGCGCAAGGUCGUCACGCUGCCAGACUUACGCAAGCAGUACCAGGACGAGCUGGACAGAAUCGCUGCCAUCCAGAACAACCAGUUCGGAUUCGAGGCGGACGACGCUAUGGACAUUUUGUAA